AUGGCAUCCUUGCCCAUCACCGCCCAAAAUCUCAUUGGGCUGAAAGGCGUCAAGAAUGAGAAUAUCCACUCUACAAUACUCUACAGCCUGGGUCUUCUUCCAGUCAGCUCUUUCAGCACGAUGCAACCAGGUACCAUUCACAGCUAGCCCAGAACGUGUUCUGAAUCCCGAAUUUUCGAACUAUGUUGACCAUCUUAUGGAGCUGUGGAACGUUAAGGGCGUCUCGAUGGCCGUCAUUAAACCUGCAGGUGACGUUGAAUUUGGUUCGUGGGGAAAUAGGACUGAGGAUGGUGAGCCCAUGUCACCAGAGACGUUGUUUGGGAUAGCUUCGUGCUCGAAGGCGUUCCUUUCUGCAUCACUAGGUGUUCUAUUCGAUGACUACGCACACGGGAGGAACACCACUCCGUUGCCAGACGGACUUCGAAAGCUUGAUUGGGAAACGAAGAUCAAGGACGUCCUUCCCAACGACGAGUGGAAGCUACAGGAUGAAUGGGCGACGGAGAAGGCGAAUUUUAAAGAUAUUUUGUCUCAUUUGAGUGGCUUGCCGAGACAUGACGCCUCGUAUGGUCCCGCAGAUUCUCCUGCAGACAAUUUGCAUAAAUUGCGAUACCUUCGACCUGCUCAUGAGCUAAGGCAGAAGUUUUCGUAUAAUAAUCAGAUGUACGUCGUCGGGUCUCAUAUCCUAUCCAAAUACACCGGAUCGCAUGCGAACUAUACUGCGGAACGUAUAUUCAAACCUCUCGGCAUGGAGUCUACUACCUACUCUCCAGAUGUGGCAGCCAAGUCUGGUAAAUUGACGCACACAUGGACAGCGCAUGGACAGAGAAUACCUUACUCGAUUCUUGAAGAAGAGAAGGACUUGAUAGCUGGGCCUGGAGGGGUCAUCUCUAAUGUUGUUGAUCUGUCGAAAUGGGUAAAGAUGCUACUUCACAAUGGUUCUGCAACUGCAAUGGAUGGUCCUGGUGAACCACUCGUUUCUGUUCUUCCAAAGUCAGUGUUCGAGGCGGUGACAACUUCAAACACGAUUGGUAUGGGCCAUCCGACGGCCCCGGAAUUUUCUAUUGUUGGAUAUGGACUUGGUUGGCAACGUGCGUCGUAUCAAGGGCAUGAUGUUCUUUCUCAUUCAGGAUCUAUUCCUGGAUUGACCAGUCAUAUAUCAUUUUAUCCAGAUGACGGCUUCGGCAUAGUAACUCUACUUAAUACCGCUGACAAGGAUAGAGUUGCACUUGCUCUUCAUUAUCGAGCUGCGGAGGAUAUUCUGGGCUUACCGCAUAAGUUCAGUGCCGAGGAGCCGCCAACCCCUCCAAGUCCACCGGGUACCCCAAACACAAGCACCCCUCUCCCACUGUCAGCAUACAGUGGAUUAUACUCCAACCCAGGCUAUGGUGUUUUCGUACUCUGUGACCCAGAAUCAACUUCACACUACUGCGACUCCGUCCUAUCCGACUUCCGCGCAGUCGACGCAGCUCAAAGUCUUCCAUUCCCACCACAAACCGACGUACCUCAACUAUUCGCAGCAUGGCCUCGAAUUUGGUCAUCCCAUGUCCGACUUGUUCACGCCGCGAAUAACACAAACAAGUUCGAUAUCUCGUUCACUAGGUUGUUCCCUGAAGGAUACGGUGCUUCGGACACCGCGUUUGAGGUAUAUGAAAGCGAUAGGUAUGAAGGACAGGUUGAGUUUGUUGUUGAUGAGGAAGGGAUGUCUGUGAUUGGAUUUGGUUAUUUUGGUGUGGGUGAUAUGAAAGGGAAUAGAGAGGAGGGCGUGAGUAUUGAGGAUGGAUCUAUUGCUUGGUUUACGAGGGUAUGAAAAUGAAGGCUAUUCCUUUCCUCAAUGAACGGGGGGAUUGAUUACAGAAUUGGUUGUACUCCUUU